GCGGCUCCUGGGAGGCCGUCGUGCUUGAGGCGUUGGGGGCGCGAGGUGGUUGGAAAGUGGCGCCAAGAUGGCGGCUGGGCCCAUAUCUGAGAGGAACCAAGAUGCCACUGUGUACGUUGGAGGCCUGGACGAAAAGGUCAGCGAACCUCUCCUGUGGGAGCUGUUCCUCCAGGCAGGUCCGGUCGUCAACACCCACAUGCCCAAAGACAGAGUCACUGGCCAGCAUCAAGGCUAUGGGUUUGUGGAGUUCCUUAGCGAGGAGGAUGCCGACUACGCCAUCAAGAUCAUGAACAUGAUCAAGCUGUACGGGAAGCCGAUCCGGGUGAACAAGGCCUCGGCCCACAACAAGAACCUGGACGUGGGUGCCAACAUCUUCAUCGGCAACCUGGACCCGGAGAUUGACGAGAAGCUCCUCUACGACACGUUCAGCGCCUUCGGGGUCAUCCUCCAGACCCCCAAGAUCAUGCGCGACCCGGACACGGGCAACUCCAAGGGGUACGCCUUCAUCAACUUUGCCAGCUUCGAUGCCUCCGAUGCCGCCAUCGAGGCCAUGAACGGACAGUACCUGUGCAACCGCCCCAUCACCGUCUCCUACGCCUUCAAGAAGGACUCCAAGGGCGAGAGGCACGGCUCAGCGGCCGAGCGCCUCCUGGCCGCCCAGAACCCCCUCUCGCAGGCUGACCGGCCCCACCAGCUCUUCGCCGACGCCCCUCCCCCGCCCUCGGUGCCCACCCCGGUCGUCACCACCUUGGGGCCAGGUGUCACCCCGCCAGGCAUCCCGCCACCUGGGUCGUUCCCUCCGCCAGUGCCGCCACCAGGAGCCAUGCCCCCGGGGAUGCCGCCAGCCAUGCCGCCCCCACCCAUGCCGCCUGGCGCCGGCGCCCCAGGACCGCCUUCCGGAGGUGCUCCUGGAGGGGCACACCCUCCCCACCCGCAUCCUUUCCCUCCAGGUGGGAUGCAUCCAGGAAUGCCACAGAUGCAGGUACAUCACGGGAUGCCUGGGAUGGGCCCUCAUCACCCAGGACCGCCGGGGGCAGGAGGCCAGCCGCCCCGCCCUCCCCCAGGCAUGCCCCACCGGCCCCCGCCCAUGGGCAUGCCACCCCGGGGCCCUCACUUUGGAUCGCCGAUGGGUCAUCCUGGCCCCAUGCCCCCACACGGGAUGCGUGGGCCGCCUCCCUUGAUGCCACCCCACGGAUACAACGGGCCCCCUCGGCCCCCGCCCUACGGCUACCAGCGCAUCCCUCUCCCCCCUCGGCCCACCCAGAGACCCAUGGUGCCGCCCCGGGGGCCCAUGCGGGGGCCGAUGCCCCCCUAGGCAAGACAGCCCGAACACAGGCCAGCGUAAGAAAAGGAUCUUCCUUCCUUCCUUCCUGCCUGCCUUCCUUCCUUCCACGGAUUCUUCA